AUGCUGUCUACCCGCGCCACGGAGAAUAUGACCUGGUUCAAGUCGCAGUUCGCACGCCAGAUCGGACAUGCGAGCUCCACGACCCUCCCUGCCAUCGACAUGACCAUUGCCGAGAACUGGCUGGUGCGCGGGGAAAUGAUCGCGGCCGCCAAAGACGCCGUCGCCCGCGAGCUGAGCGCCGAGCAUCUGUCGUAUAGCAGUGGUCUCGGCGGGAGUGCGCCGGUGUUGGAGGCUGCCGCGGGCUUCUUUAACCGGUUCUUUGCGCCGCGAGUGCCUGUCCUGCCGGACCAUAUCGUUACCGGCGCUGGGUGCAGUGGCAUUCUUGACUCGUUGCUGUAUAGUCUCUGUGGCGAGGGGGAGGGGGUUCUUGUCGAAGCGCCUUUUUGGGGAAGCUUUUCGGCCUAUGGAGUGCUGCGCAACAAUGUCCAUCUCGUGCCAGUCUAUACGAGCAGCGACAACAUGAUUGAAGCCUAUCAGAAUGCCCUCCGCUCAUCCCCAUAUCCCAUCAAGGCGGCCCUCUUCUGUAACCCGCAGAACCCGCGCGGCCAGCUCUAUCCAGCGGAGGAAAUCAAGGCGCUGCUGCACUUCUGCAAGACGGAGAAAUUGCACUUGAUCUCGGACGAGAUCUAUGCCUUGUCCCAGUUUGAAUUCGGGGAUCAUGAUUCACAAAGAAACACCAUGCUGGUAGAACCUCCCACCUUCAGUUUCGUCUCCGUCCUCUCUAUAGACGUCGAGGAGGCAGACAGAGCACGUAUCCAUGUCAUCACCAGCGUCAGCAAGGAUCUCGGCAGCAGUGGGCUACGGAUGGGCUUCCUCGUCACGCAAGCAAACGCCGCCCUCCGCUUCGCCAUGUCGAUAUACAACAACGCCAAAGUGUCCAACAUGACGGCACUGGUGGUGGCGCGCCUCUUCAGCGACAACGACACCCUCGACUGCAUCCUCCGUCAGAGCCGUGAGAGCCUCCGAGCCGCUGCAGACCUGGUCGUCGCCUUCAUGCUCAAGCACCACAUCCCCUGCUACCGGCCGAUUGCGGGCGUCUACAUCUGGGCCCGUCUGGGCGGGAAUACCGCCACGCGCGAGUCGGAGACUGCACUCCAGCAGCGGCUUGUCGAUGCCGGCGUGCGUGUAGGGCCAGGAUGGGAAUACGCCGAGCGUGAGGCGGGCUGGUUCCGCGUCUCGUUUGCCUUGCCCAGGGCGCAGUUGCUUGAAGGGUUGAAGCGGAUGGAGGGGCUCUUGGACUAUAGCAUAUAA